UUGGUGGUUGGUUGAGCUUCUCGUGACGUAAUCCGGAUGUGUCCCCAGUACACGGAAGUGAGAAAUUCCAAUUUACGUUUUAUAUUUUUUAUACAAACCCGGAAGGGGGGAUAACUACAGAAAUUGCAGUGUUUACUGGGUUAAUACGAGACCACUGAACAAGGAAGAAGGCCUGGGAGACCUCUUGGGAGGAGAUUGAGCGGAAAUGGCAGCAAACGGGUCAAACCUGCAGAAAGCGAUUGAUCUUGCCAGCAAGGCCUCUCAGGAAGAUAAAGCAGGGAACUAUGAAGAAGCUCUUCGUUUAUACCAGCAUGCAGUACAGUAUUUUCUUCAUGUGGUAAAGUAUGAUACACAAGGUGAUAAGGCAAAACAGAGCAUUAGAGCAAAGUGUGUAGAAUAUCUAGACCGAGCAGAGCAGCUGAAAGCAUAUCUAAAGAAAAAAGAGAAAUCGCCCAUGCCGUCAAAACCAGUGAAAGAAGGUGGCUCUACACGUGAUGACAAAGGGAAUGAGAGUGAUGAUGGAGAUGCAGAAGACCCAGAAAAAAAGAAAUUACAGAAUCAACUUCAAGGUGCCAUAGUCAUGGAGAAACCAAAUGUGAAAUGGAGCGAUGUUGCUGGACUUGAAGGGGCUAAGGAAGCCCUUAAGGAAGCAGUUAUUUUACCAAUAAAAUUCCCUCAUCUUUUCACAGGCAAGAGAACACCAUGGAGAGGAAUUCUCCUAUUUGGACCUCCUGGAACAGGAAAGUCAUAUUUAGCUAAGGCUGUAGCUACCGAAGCAAACAACUCAACAUUCUUUUCCAUUUCUUCCUCUGACCUUGUGUCAAAAUGGUUAGGAGAGAGUGAAAAGUUGGUAAAGAAUUUAUUUCAGCUUGCCAGGGAACACAAGCCUUCCAUCAUUUUUAUUGAUGAAGUUGAUUCCCUUUGUGGGUCGAGAAGUGAGAAUGAAAGUGAAGCUGCGCGACGAAUUAAAACAGAGUUUCUUGUCCAAAUGCAAGGAGUCGGUGUGGAUAAUGAAGGCAUAUUAGUUCUGGGAGCCACAAAUAUUCCAUGGGUGUUGGACUCUGCUAUCCGAAGGAGGUUUGAAAAACGUAUUUACAUUCCUCUGCCUGAAGAGCAUGCACGAACUGAUAUGUUUAAGCUCCAUCUUGGGACAACACCUAACAGCGUAUCUGAAGCAGACUAUCGAGAACUUGGAAAGAGGACCAAUGGAUAUUCUGGUGCUGACAUUAGUAUUAUUGUACGGGAUGCCUUAAUGCAACCAGUUCGGAAAGUUCAGUGUGCCACUCACUUCAAAAAGGUCAGAGGGAAAUCGCCAGGUGAUCCGAAUGUUAUUAGGGAUGAUCUUUAUACUCCGUGCUCCCCUGGUGAUCCAAAUGCCACCCCAAUGACAUGGGUGGAUGUUCCAGGAGAUCAAUUAUUGGAGCCAGUUGUAUCCAUGUCUGACAUGCUGAAGUCCCUGGCUAAUACCAAGCCUACUGUAAAUGAACAGGACUUGGAAAAAUUAAAGAAAUUCACAGAUGAUUUUGGACAGGAAGGUUAAAAAAAAUAAGUGUGCAUUUCUUUUCUUGCUUAGAUACUCUUACCUCAAUUUUAUGGAGGUCACCCAAAAUAAUUGCCAAUAAUCUGGUUUAUCUUAGGUAACACAAAGUUAUUCUUGCUUUCAAGUGUUCAUUAACUUAAGUUUGUAAUAUAUUUUCUAAAUUUGUGCUGAAGACAAAAAGAAGAUUGGCGUCAAAUACUGAAAUGUAUGCAGCUGCAAAUCACCCUACAGGAUUCCAUUGCAAUUAGGAGCAGACAAUAUACUGGGAUUUGUUUCUGUAACAAUAUACUGUAUAUAUUUUUUUUUUUUUGGGUAAAGGAAGUGUGAAAAGAGUUAUUGGAGCUUUUUUUUUCUUCUUCUUUGCUGCAAGCAGAUGAUAAACACUGCUACCAAAUAAUAUAUUGCUACAUCAUUCCUUAAAAGUUCCUGGAAUAUUCUGUCGGUAAAGAGAAAUGUUGUGAUAAGUGAGAGGACAUUCCUUUAUAUAAUAAAAUGGCAUAUAUGAGCACUUUGUAAAAAAAAAAAAAAAAAAAGAAUAAAUUACUACAUAAUAUUUGUGCUUUUAAAGAAGCAAUUCAGUCUUAUUUGGUUUCAGGUUUUCCUAAAGAAUGUUUUAUUUUUUUAUGUUAGUCUUAUAAUGUUUUACUAUCUGUUUUUGCUGAAGAGGAAAAAAAAUCAUGUUUCCCAAUAAGUAGCUACACUGCUAUUUUUGAGAAAAAAAUAUUAAGUUGUUAGACUUGACUGCAUCACUAUAUAUAGUUUUUGUAUAGUUGAAUAUAAAAUUUAGUUAUAUUGCCUUCUUAAGGCUUUCUGAAACCUAAAUACAGGCUUAAGGGGAAAGUAAACAUUUAAAUUACUCAGAUUGUUGAGCUGUGUUUUUUAAGAUGCCUUUUUUUGCUUUAGGAAAGCAGAGCAAAAAUACCUAAGCUCUGAUUAUAUAUUUAGUAUUUACAUAUUCAGCAGUGUGGCAGAAUUUUGAAGUCUGCUACCACACUUGCAUUGUCAGAAUUGUGCCUUGUAGUUAAAUUUAAGGGGAAAAAGUGUAAGUAUGCAGAAUGCAAUACAUUCUAUAUUACUUGUCAUGCUUAAAAUAUAUAGUUCUUUAGCGAUGAUCACUAUCAAGAAAUCUGUAGUGUAUUUAGUACAUAAAUAGUCCAACACUCAACAGGUACAGGAGAUAAUGUUUUUAGGUUUGUGUUACCACUUAUGGGAUUGGGCUUCAGCUUUUUGUCUGUUUUAUCGACCGCCUUUGUGUAAAAUCGUAGAUCAGAGAUUUAUUUUACUCAGUCACUACAGAAUUUCAUCCUAAACUUUUGCUUAUUGACUUUCGUUCAUUGACUCUCGUGUCUGUCAUUUUGGUUACCUAUUAUUAAAAUGUUGUAGAAAAA